AUGUCAUUUACAUCUCAAGUGCCUGCCUUUCUUAAGGCUAAUGAAGCAUAUGUUGCACAAUUCGACAAAGGCCAUUUAGCCCUGCCGCCAACUCGCAAAGUGGCCAUUGUUACAUGCAUGGAUGCUCGCAUCGAUCCAGCGAAGAUUCUUGGAUUGCAAGAGGGCGAUAGUCAUGUGAUUCGAAAUGCAGGAGGUCGAGCCGCAGACGCUCUUCGCUCACUCAUCAUCAGCCAACAAUUGCUUGGUACACGAGAGAUUCUCAUCAUUCAUCAUACGGAUUGUGAUUCAAUCAAUACAUUUCUUGAUAAAUUGCUAACAUUAAUAAAUAAAACAAUGGAAGAUAUAUCAAAAAUACAAUAA